AUGACCGACACCGCUUGCUGGGUCACGUCGUACUCGGCACACAGAGCCUUCAUGGAGCCGCGCGGCACUGCACCGUUGGCCUUGAACAUGAGUGUUGUGUAA